AUGGAGGCCGCCGCUGUUCAAACAUUCUUCAAUGUGACAUCGCCUCUACAACAUGCUAUCACGAUAGAUAAUUCAUGGCGCUCGCCUCUCCUGCGCCUGCCUUCCGAGCUUCGUAAUCGUAUCUACGACUACGUCCUCGGCGGCGUCUACUGGAACUUGACCGACGUAGCUCCUCCCAGAGGACCGCUUCCUCCCCCACUGCGUUUCCCAGAGACCUACGGCGCACUGCUUCGCGUCAGCCGCCAGAUAUUUAUUGAAACCGCCACUCUACCAUUCUCGCUCGGCUCAUUCCAGGCCUGGGAUAAACCAGCCAGUGUCAGGUUUACAGCCAUGCAAUGGUCUGCGAUUACAUCGUUGGUUUUCCAUGUGAGCUGGAGUGUGACGAUUUAUUGGGCGAUGGGAUGGUGUAUCACAAACGGGGACUUUGAGUUCUUAGAUACGAUGCCGCACCUUGAGAACGUGCUUGUCAAUGUGACAGACUUUUAUGGAGAGAAGUUCCGGGAGCAGAACAGGAGGAAUGGUCAGAUGGCAGGACCUGGGACGAUGACGAAGAAGGACUUGGUGAAUUGGUUGAACAGGGCGCUGAAUACCAACAAACGUCGUCACAUUAAGUUCAGGGUUGGAUUUUGUCAGUAA